GUUAGAAUUUUGGGAUAAAUCCACUGUAUGCGAUUGCGAAUUAAAUGACGGAACUCUGAUAUAUGAAAGACUGAAAGAAAGAAAGAGAGAAGAGAAUGCCUUGGGCAAGGCUUUCAGGGUCUCCCAGAGUGGAUGUUGCCAUUGACAUGGGCAAUCCAUUCCUCAAUCUCACCGUUGAUGGUUUCCUCAAGAUUGGAACUGUCGCAGCCACUCGCGCAGCUGCUGAAGAUACUUAUCAUAUUAUCCAAAAGAGGAAUAUCUCAAGUCAUGAUUUUGAGAAAACGUUGAAGAAGAUGUGUAAAGAAGGUGUAUAUUGGGGAACUGUAGCUGGCGUUUAUGUUGGAAUGGAAUAUGGGGUAGAGAGGAUCCGGGGCACCAGAGACUGGGUAAUUCUCUUCACAGGGUGGUUGGACUCACUCUUUGUCCAAAUUACCAGCAUCAUAUUUGGCUUUUGAAAGAAUGCCAUGAUUGGGGGUGCAUUAACCGGGGCCCUGGUCUCUGCUGUCAGCAACAACAAGAAAGACAAAGUUGCCAUAGAUGCAAUUACGGGGGCAGCAAUAGCUACUGCUGCAGAAUUCAUAAAUUACCUCACCUGAAUGAAUGAAAAUGGAUGUAUUACUGGUUUUCUUGCAUGUUUUGGAAAAGGGAUUGCACAAUAAGUCUCAUUUGUCAUCGUGUGCACUGGUUCCAUCUUGAUAUUGGUGCAAUUACUUCUAAGAUAUGUUAUUUAUUUAGUUUUCUGUUAAACCUAUGUUUUGAUCAAUUAUAUUGGCCCGUUGGUUGUUUGCAUAUAA